AAUGAUGAAUGCACGACUUAGAUAAUAGAUAAUAAUCAUGGACGUUAGCAGCUGUCGAUGGUGCAUGUGAAUUAACAUAGAAUUAUUUUUCUGUAGUAUAAUUUGACAGAUAUUAUAUAUAUAUAUGCACAUAAUUGCAGUUUCUAAAGGCAUUUAAAUUAUAUGUUUAUUAUGUCUUAACAAAUUUUCGUCCAUCAUUUGUAUAUGAUCUUAUAUAAAUUGUUUUUUAAAAGUUUUAUGCCAAAAACGAUUACAAACUUAAUACAGGUUCUUUCAAGAAUUAAAAAUUAGAGUCAUGAAUAUAUUGUUAUUUCUAAAAAGUUGAAUUGUUAUUAUUUCGUAUGAUAGCAAUUGGGUGAAAAUGUGUUCUUUUAAAUGGAGGUUACAUUUAUUCUUGUUAUAUGCAGUGAUUUGGAGUAGUUGUGUGUUAGAUUCAUUUUGUUUAGAAGUGAUAUAUGCAGUAAAUGCUGGAGGUGAAGCGCAUUCUGAUAGUUAUGGAAUUCGUUAUGCAAGAGACCCUUUAAUGGGGAAAGUCGGUACUGCUUCAGACUAUGGCAAGCAGUUACUCAUUGGUCGUGUAAACAGCAUAGAUCAAAUAUUAUAUCAAACAGAGCGUUAUCAUCAUAGUACUUUUGGAUAUGAUAUACCUAUAAGCGAAGAUGGAGAAUAUGUCAUGAUCCUAAAGUUUUGCGAAGUCUAUUUUAAUUCACCAAACAUGAAAGUGUUCGAUGUGGUAUUGAAUGGAGAUCAUACAGUAGUCACCGAUUUGGACAUUUUUGAAAGAGUGGGCAGAGGUAUCGCACACGAUGAAUAUAUUCCAUUUAAAGUGCAAGAUGGAAAAUUAAUAUACAAUGAUGAAGAAUCUGAUAUAUUAGCAGGAAAAAUAAGAGUUGAAUUUAUAAAAGGUUAUAGAGACAAUCCUAAAAUAAAUGCAAUUGCAGUUAUUAAAGGAAAAGCAGAAGAUGUUCCUCAAUUAGGUCCAAUUCCUCAAGAAGCUGAGGAAUAUCCCAAUAUACAGGAGGAUGAAGAAGAAUCAACAGUUCGAAGUAGGCAUACGAGCGGACCUAGAACUCCAGACCCGUAUUCCAUUGAUGAUUCUUCUGUAAUGUUACCUGUCUUUGUAGCGAUAGGAGCUUUUAUACCUCUUUUAUUUUGUUUAUGCAGAUUGUAAUUUGUCGAUAAAAAAUGUGCACAGAAACACAAUGUACUUACUUAAGAUUAAUGAUAUUCUCAACUGCCUACGUUACUUUAAUAAUGUACAAAAGAAUGUGUAAAUGAAUGGAAGCUAGCAGCACACGUUCCAUUCCACUUUGCGUUAUAACUUCAGAUUUAAGAUAUAAAUAUUUAUUACUAAUUUAUAUAGAUGAGCACACAUACAGACGCACCUAUACAUUUUUUAUUGUAAACAGAAUUAUUGAUUUAAUCAAUAGAUACACAUGUUUUCAACGAAGAUAUGCAUCUAUGAAAUUGCAUAUUAUAUUUUAUAUUUGUUUAUUUUUACAAAAGGUGUAGAAAAUAAUUGUAUAAUUUGUUUACUUACUUACCUAAUAUACACACACACACAAACAUGACACACAGAGCGUAAUUGAUAGCUUUAGCUAUUGAAAAGCUUGUAGCGCAUAGUCAAUCAAAUGCAAAACUAACAUAAGUUAAACAUAAAUCAAGCCAAAACGAAGUUUGGUCGAUAGCCCAUUAAAAAUAUACCAAAGGAGAAAUCUUUGAUUUUUUGCAAAAGAGCAAAUAAAGCUGUUACUAUUACAACA